AUGAGUUCAAUUGCGUUAAAAUUAACAACAUUAUUGGUGAAGACAGUUGCUAAACCGAUGGCAAAUGUUAUUAAACAACAAGCCAAAGAGCAUGAAAGAUUUAGGAGCAUUUGUAUCAAAAUGGCCCAAUCGCUUCAUAGAAAUGAAACUAGAUUAAGAAUGUCCUUAUUGGGUGAAAAAAAAAUUAAGAUUAGACCUUUGAAUGAUACCAAAGCUAUUGAACAAGGGGCGACUUUUAUUUCCGAAUUUUUUAUCUUUAGUGUGGCAGGGUCAUUGAUUUUUUAUGAAGCUUAUAGAAGUAGAAAGAAGGCAAGCACGGCUCGAGAAUCUUUGGCUGAUGAUAUCUCAGUGUUGCAGAGUGAGAUUGAAUAUAUUAAGGAGAAAUUGGGUGAAUUGAAUAUUAAAAUGGAUGACUAUAAAAUACCGGAUGGAUAUAAACCUAAAUAUAUCAAAGUUGAAUCACCAAAGAAGGAAGAUCCGGAUUCAGGCAAAAAUAAAAUCAAUGAAGAUUCUGCCUUAUCACGACCUUCUCUCCAACCUGCAUUAGUAAACAACAGUACCAGCGUGAAACCCGAAUAA